CCCCACUUAAGAUUAAUUGAGAGCAUUUGAGGUGACAUUAAGCUGGACCCGAAAAUAAAGGACCUUCCCACGAGUAAAUCACAAAAAAAAAGAGAUAUAUACCCUAGCAAAUGGCCAUUUCACUCAAUUUGGCCUAGUCACAGCGAUAAAAUUGGAAAGAGAUUUACUUGUUGAUUUCCAACGUAAUUGAAUUAUCCGCGAAUAAAGUGCGGACGAAAUGGGUCUCGACAUUUUCCUCCCCAAAGGGCAAACAAAUUGGUGGAAAAGGCUGGCCGAGCCGAAAAAUUAAUUUCAUUUUGGUGUAUUUACGGGGAAUUUUUUGGGGGCACCAACAUUUUCGGGACUAAAUACACAAAUUUAAUAGCAAUUUUAAAAAUUGUUGUUGGGCCUGGUAUGAUGGUAAAUUCACUUGUGUUUAUGGGUUCAGAUGUCAAGGCUAUAUAUAAUAGAUAUUUCCAUCACAGCUCAUAACCCUUGCGGUCAUUUUAAAAACACACAAAUGUCCAGUCAGCCAUUUAAAAGUUAAAUUGAAAAUAAAUAACUAGAUAGGUAAAAUGUCUGGUAAACGAAUAGGUAACAUCCAUGUCAUAUUCCAACCCCUUUUUCUCCAAGCCCAAACAUUUUUUUGUUUUGUUUAUUUAUUUGUUAAUACGAUAUUUACGCCCCUUAAAUGGAAAUGGGAGAAUUUCCAAUCAAAACGGGACCAGUGUUAGUGGUAACCGUAUCACGUAGUCUGUUAACGGAAGAAAUAAAUAUUUCAGGCACAAUUUGAGGGGCGGCAACGGCAUCCACUUAGCGUGGCACCCCCACACAUUUUUUUUUUGUUGCCCCCCCAAUGGCUUUCUAUAUAAGUUGGAGGAAAAACCGAGGCCGGUUGAAAACCCAACAUGGAGGCCAGCUACUUUGCUGUUCAGAGAAGAGCACUGGAAAUAGUUGGAUUUGAUCCGAGUACUCCUCAACUACGACUGAUUCAUCCCAUUUGGGCUGGGAUACUCAUCCUGUCCUUGGUUACCCACAAUUGGCCAAUGGCUGUGUAUGCUCUUCAGGAUCUCUCUGAUAUAACACGAGUCACGGAUAACUUUGCAGUGUUUAUGCAAGGAUCGCUGAGUACCUUCAAGUUCCUGGCUAUAGUAGCAAAAAGAAGACGCAUUGGUUCAUUAAUCCAUCAACUACAUAACCUUAACCAGAAGGCCAGUACCACGCUCAGUCAGCUAGAAAAGAUCCAGAAGGAAAACCAACUAGAUAGGUAUGUCUCGAGAUCUUUCAGAAAUGCUGCCUAUGGAGUGAUUUGGGCCUCGGCGAUAGCUCCCAUGUUGCUUGGCCUGUUAGGAUAUAUAAGGACGGGCAUGUUUACACCAACAACACCGAUGGAGUUCAAUUUCUGGCUAGAUGAGCGGAAUCCUCAAUAUUAUUGGCCCAUCUACUUCUGGGGCGUGUUGGGCGUGGGAGCAGCCGCCUGGUUGGCCAUUGCAACGGACACUCUAUUCUCCUGGCUAAUACACAAUGUGGUGGUUCAGUUUCAGUUACUAGAGUUGUUACUCGAAAAGAGCGAUCAUAAUCAGGAAGAUGAUUCUCAUCUAAUUGAAUGCAUUUACCAACAUCGCUUGGCUCUUGAUUUGGCCAAGGAGCUUAGUUCAAUUUUCGCCGAAAUCGUCUUCGUCAAAUACAUGCUAAGUUACCUGCAAUUGUGCAUGUUGGCCUUUCGAUUUAGCCAAAGUGGCUGGAGUGCCCAAGUGCCUUUCAGAGCCGCCUUUCUAGUGGCCAUUAUCAUUCAACUAAGUUCCUAUUGCUAUGGCGGUGAAUAUCUGAAGCAGCAAAGCUUGGGUAUUGCUCAGGCCGUUUAUGGUAAUUGCAAUUGGCCAGAAAUGUCACCGAGGAAAAGGAGAAUGUGGCAAAUGAUGAUCAUGCGGGCCCAAAGGCCAGCAAAGAUUUUUGGUUUCAUGUUUAAUGUGGAUCUGCCAUUGUUACUUUGGGUCUCCAGAACGGCAGGCUCAUUCUUGGCAUUACUGAGGACUUUUGAUCGUUCUCCAACUUAAUUUUGGGACACAGAAAACUAAAUCUUUAAAUACCUAUUAUGGACAAUCAUUUACACUUUCAACAAAUGAUAUAAAAAGCUGAGAAAAAAACCUGCAAAAAAGCUUACCUAGUAAAAUGUCAAACGGUUUGCUACUUUUGAAGUGAUAACUCAAAGUUAGCAACAUUUUAUAUCUUCUAACCUAAACCCUAAUUAGUUGGCAUUUGAUUUUUACAU